AUGUUCAGCAAAGUCAUUGCCAGACCCGCCACCCUGAACACUAUCUCGGCCCUCAAGCAGAAUGCCGUCCGUUCGUUUGCCUCGCAGACCGGCACUGCCAUUCCCACCCCUGCACCUGCCGAGCAAAAGAACAUUUUCCCCAAAAAGUACGGCGGCAAGUACACUGUCACCUUGAUUCCCGGUGACGGCAUUGGCCAAGAGAUGUCCGUGUCCUUGAAGGACGUGUUCAAGGCUGCCGACGCUCCCAUCGAGUUCGAGCAAUACGACGUUUCUGGCUUGACCUCGGAAGACGAGGCCCUCUUCCAAGAGUCGCUUGCCUCGCUUCGUCGCAACAAGGUUGGUAUCAAGGGUACCCUGUUCACUCCGACCUCCAAGCUCGGCCACAAGUCUUUCAACGUGACCAUGCGUAAGGACUUGGACAUGUAUGCCUCGUUGUCGCUCUGCAAGAACAUUCCGGGCGUCCCCUCCCGUUUGAGCGAUGUUGACAUUGCCAUCAUCCGUGAGAACACCGAGGGUGAAUACUCUGGUUUGGAACAUCAGUCUGUUCCUGGCGUCGUUGAGUCGCUCAAGAUCAUUACCCGCGUAAAGACUGAGCGCAUUGCUCGCUUCGCUUUCGACUUUGCUUUGAAGAACAACCGCAAGAAGGUCACUGCCGUUCACAAGGCUAACAUCAUGAAGUUGGCGGAUGGUCUUUUCUUGCGCACCUGCCGUGACGUUGCCAAGGAAUACGAGCACCAUGGCAUCCAGUUCAACGACAUGAUUGUCGACAACACAGCCAUGCAGCUCGUCUCCCGACCACAGCAAUUCGACGUCAUGGUCAUGCCCAACUUGUACGGUAGCAUUGUCUCCAACGUCGGCGCUGGUUUGAUUGGUGGCCCUGGCUUGAUUCCUGGCUGCAACAUUGGUCGCGAAUACGCAAUGUUCGAGCCCGGCUGUCGCCACGUGGGUCUUGACUUGCAGAACAAGAACGCUGCCAACCCCACUGCCAUGCUUCUCUCGUCCGUCAUGAUGUUGAGACACCUCAACUUGGAUGAGUAUGCCAACAGAAUCUCCAGUGCUGUCUACGACACCAUCCAGUCCAACACCGCGAGAACUGUUGAUAUGGGUGGUAACAGCAGCCUCAAGGACUUCACUGCCGCUGUCAUCAACAAGCUGUAA